GGGACUUUUAAAAAUAUAAGUCACGUGACUUAUUUUCCUCUGAAGCUCUGUCACCCCCUAAGAAGGGAAAACGAAACAUAUUUUGCUCAGCUAUCUGGCUGUAAUAUGUUGUAAAAUGGACCAAAUAGAAAGCUCAAAUUUCUCUACAGCCGAGGAAGAUGAAUCUGCGAAGAAAUUAGUAUGGUGUUUGACACGAGUCGGGAAAGAUUUGGACUGGCUCCGCUUGUUCGAGAAUACAGAGGUCACAAUUGGACGUGGCUUAAAUGUCACUCACCAGCUUGUGUCCCCAAGCUGCCCCCUAAUGAUAUCCAGAAUGCACUGUAUGUUCAAGCAACGAGACGGCGGCCAAUGGACGGUGACCGAUAAGAAGAGCCUUAAUGGUGUGUGGGUGAACGGAGAACGAAUUCCUGUGGACAAAGCUCACCUCCUGAGGCUUGGGGACUCGAUAAAGUUGGGGGUGCCCAUAGUCGGCACCAAAGUGGAGUAUGAGUACAUACUGGUUCGGCAGCGCCUCGAGGACAUCAAACCCUACCUAGUGACGGGACCAAGUGAAGGGGCCUGCGCCACAUCCAGAAUCAAGAAGACGAAGAGGAAAUUUAACACUGAACUGGAGCCUUCAACCUCCUCUAAAUCCAAGCUCUACCGCCACUCUGCCACAGACAAGUCCCAGGGCCAGCCCUACCCCACAGACGAGCCCCGGGACAGGCCAGGGACCAGGGUACGGGAGGAGGCCGGGCCCAGCAUGCGGCAGCAUCGGCGGCUGGACUCGCCUCUAGAGAGACCCAGCAGUCCUAGCAGGAGUCUGUCCAGCCUGCAAAUGUACAGCCAGAACAUGCUGGUGCUGCGGGAGCGGAUGAACUUCACCCAGCAGCAGGUGGAGGCCCUGGAGGCUGAGGGGGGGAGACAGCGGGAUGACCCCCACCGGGAGGAGCAGGUGAGGGAGCUGCAGAGCCAGCUGGAGAUGCUGAGGGGCCAGCUGCACAGGAUGGAGAUGUUGGAGAGGUCCAUCAGCGAGACAGAGAACCGCCUGGAGGUGCAAAAAACACAGCAUGAAGAGGAGGGUUUAAAAAAACUGUUGGAGGAGAAGGGUUUGAAAAAGCAGCUGGAGGAGGCAUUGCAAGAGCAAAGAAAAGUCAUAGAGGAACUUGCACUCUCUCGACAAGGCUUCGAGGAUGUCCUCAAGGCCAAAGACAAAGAGCUGGAGGUGACAAAGGAAGAGAAGGAGAGGGCGAGAACUCAAAAGGAGGAGGUGGUAACACAAAUGACGGAGGUGCUGGAGAACGAACUUCAAUGCAUCAUUUGUUCUGAGCUCUUCAUUAGGGCGGUGACCCUUAACUGCGCCCACAGCUUCUGCCUGCACUGCAUCAGUGAGUGGCGCAAGCGGAAGGACGAGUGCCCCAUCUGCCGGCAGGCCAUCCUCUCUCAGACCCGCUCGCUGGUGCUGGACAACUGCAUCGAUCGCAUGGUGGAGCAGCUCAGCCCAGACAUGAAGCAGAGACGCCUGGUGCUCAUCACUGAGAGGAAAGGUGAGAGCCCAGCCAGAGGAGGUGAUGGUGAUACACGACGACGACAGUAGUAGUAGUAGCAGCAGCAGCAGUAGCAGUAGUAGUAGCAGCAGCAGUAACAGUGACCUCUUCAUGGAUAGCUUCAGCUCCGUCAUCUCCCUGGAAGGGAGCGUCAUUUGGAGCUCUAGCUCUGCAUCUUAUAUCAGUGAUGAUUCAGAUGUAGACAAUGUCGCUCUUUAGCCAAUUUGACGUUGGGUGUUUCACGCGACUUUUUUUCUUUUUCUGUUACACACAUUGUCCUGUAAGGUUGACAGAGACCGCCGUGGAGAGUGCAGAGGAAAAAGCCCGUCCUUGACAGGAAACUAAGGCACUCAAUAUUGUACAAUAAAUUACGUUAGUCUUCAUAUAUUUGGUAACAAUGUCUUUUUUUUUUUUGUGUUCAUUUAUUUUCCCAUUGAAACGGAAUAAAGUUUCUUCAUUCAUUUGACGUGUCACAAAAUGUCUCUGCAUAGAAAUGAACACAAGGUGGCGCCAGUAAAAACAAUACUAUUUUUGUGGGUGUGAAACUGGUUAAUUUAUUUAUCUUUUUGUAAAUUCCACUUCUCAAAUCACACCUUCCACCUACUCUUUGGCAGUUUACACAAUGCCCCAUUGCCUAGCAACUAAUGCAAUGGCUCCUGCCAUGGAGGCAAAUGGAGAAGUGUGAUUAUGCCACCAUCCCAACAAUAAUGCAGGAAAUACUGCUGGCAUUCUGCAUGGAUAAACAGAUGGGUGGUCUUUCUCUCUGUGCUGGGUUUUGAAUUCCCUUAAACAAGGGGAUCUUUGAAGAUGUUAAGACAAUUUACAGUGCUUUCAGAAAGUAUUCGCACCCCUUGACUUUUUCCAAAUGUGGGAUUAAAAUGGAUUUAUUUGUGUUUUGUCAAAGAUCUUCAAAAAAAAAUACUCUUGUCAAAGUGGAAUUCACAUUUUUUUUUCAUUAAACAGGAAAUAAAUAUUAGAUAAGUAUUCAACCCCCUGAGUCAAUGUUAGAAUCACCUUUGUCAGCAAUUACAGCUUUGAGUCUUUCUGGGUAAGUCUAAGCACAUUGCACACUAGGUUUGUACAAUAUAUAUCCGUUCUUUUAUAAACAAAUCAUAUAGUUUGUUUGUUGAGGAUUGCUAGACAGCCAUUUUCAAGUCUUGCGAUAACUUAAAUUGGCUUGAAAAUCUAACUGUAUCUAGGCCACUCAGGACCCUUGAAUGUCAUCUUGGUAAGCAACACCAGUGUGUAUUUGGCCUUGUGUUUUAGGCUAUUGACCUGCUGAAAGGGGAAUUUGUCUCCCAGUGUCUGUUGGAAAGCAGGCUGAACUAGGUUACCCUCUAGGAUUUUGCCUGUGCUUAGCACUUUUACCUUUUUAUAAAACAAAAACAAAAAAAACUCCCAAGUCCUUACCAAUGGCAAGCAUACUGAUAACAUGAUGCAGCCACCACCAUUCUUGAAUAUUUGAAGUGGUACUCUGUCAUGUGUUGGCUUUGCCCCAAACAAUGCUUUGUAGUCAGGACAAAAAGUUAAUUUCUUUGCCACUUUUUUUGUAGUAUUACUAUAGUGUCUUAUUGCAAACAGGAUGUGUGUUUUGGAAUAUUUUUAUUCUGUACAGGCUUCCUUUUCCACUGUCAUUUUGUUAGUAUUGUGGAAUAACUACAAUAUUGUUGAUCCAUCCUCUGUUAUUGCCCAUCAGUCAUUAAACACUGUUUUAAAGUCA